GCGGUGCGGGCCCGCUAUCGGCAGGCAGCCCGCGCCGAGGCGAACGAGCGCGCGCGCCCGCGAUAAUCACCGCCGCAAGGCCGGAGUGGGGGAUGAUAGUGGCCAACAAUCUCUCUUCUCGUGCCCAGCUGGGCCUAGUUUUUCCCCGGGUUCGGAGGCGGGAGGUCGCAGGACCGAUCGCCGCCGCGGCCGGGCCGCUCCGCGACUCGCUGCGAAGGGAUGCCUUCCCCCGAGAGGAGACGUCGCCGCGUCGGAGGGCGACGACCGCGCGGCCGCAGUCAGUGAUAGCUCCAGAGUGAUUGUGAAGUGAAUUCGUGGCAGUGCGUCACCUUCCAGGAUCAGUGAUGUGCGUAGCGAGGCGUGGAACUACGUGAGAGAAACACCGACGAACCGGACCCCGACAGGCUCUGUCGCUGAGCCGAGCACUCCCACCACCUCCAUCGAGAUGGGGGUGGACUUCCUGGUGUCUCCGCGGUGCUACCAGCUGUACGCCGCCGCCCUGAAGUCGAGCCAGUCGUCGGUGCCGGAGGACUGGAAGGAGCAGCUGGCGAGGGCUGUGGAGGACCUGCCGGAGGACGCCACGGUGCACGAGCUCAUCAAGACCGUCGCCGCCCUCUCGCCGGACCGCGCGCGCACCCUCAUACAGGUGCUGGAGGAGGAGGUGUCGGUGAUGGAGGACGUGGUGGACCACGAGGCGCUGGAGCGGAUCAAGCGCAUACGGCGCGAGCAGCAGACGGAGAUGAAGGCGCUUGCGGCAACGGCGAAGCAGACGCGCGUCGCGGCUCUGGAGGCAUACCGCCAGCUGAUGACCCACUACCCGACCUUCCAAUGGGACCCCUACUACAGCGACCCCAACUACCUGCAGAACCUCGUCUACGAACGGGAUGCCGAGGAGAGAAGAGCAGAGCAGGAGAAAGUGGAGGAUACAAUUGAGCAGAACCUGGCAGAGAAGAAAUUCUUGAUGGCUGAAAUUCAAGAACUGCGAGAGCAGCGGGCAGUUCUGCAGAGCCGCAUGGAUGACGGCUGCGAACUCGACCUGGAGGAGGAACUCCGCAAGGCGCGCCGCGAGAACCAGCUGCUGCGCGACCACUACACCCACCUCUGCAGUCUUGUUGAACAGCAGGAACCAAGAAGCCCAUGUUCACCUUCAAGUGAUUACUAAGUGAUCUCAAAACAGACUUGAGUCAGCGAUGCAGUCUUCCUCUUGAUGUUCUCUUGAGAAUUGCUGUAAAAAUAUGUCUUCAUAUGCUUAGUGCUUGUCAAAUCAUAUGUUAAAAGUAGCAGUAAUACAAAUACUUACAGAAAUUUAAAAAACAUUUUCUAUUUUAAUUAAUUUAUAGUGUAUACUGGAAAUUCUGUUGCUAUUACAACUACAUAUUUCCGCACCAGUACUAUAAUGACCGUCUACUGAUAGUACUCAUAAUCUUGAUAUAUACUAGGACCUAUUCCUUUUCAGUUCUAAAAUUAGAAUCAUUACUAUGUGUCACAAAAUAUUACAAAUGCACUCAUUUAUCAUUUGUAUGCAGUUGUUUUAUUCUGGAUCAUAUAAACGCAAUCGAAACAGGCCUUGGAAGAUCCAAUAGCACCGAUUUACUGUUGUGUUAGCCUUGGGCAAUAGGCAUCACAGGACACAAAUUUGGAGGGUCAUGUGGUCAGCAAACUAUGCUCCCAGCUGUUGUCAGUUUUUAUGACUGGAGUUGUUACUUCUCACUUAGGACGCUGUAGCUUCUUAAUUGUCAUCACAAGGGCUCAGUGCACCCCAUUUGCCAAAAGUGCUUGGAAGUCCCAGAUGGUCACUCACCAAGUGUUAACCAACCCCAGCACUGUUGGAUCAUGUUAAUAAAAAAUAUCUAUGAAAUGAAUUUGAAUAAUCUUCCUUUAGCAAUAUUUAUUCUGGAUGAAAUGUAGCAAUGCAUUUGUAUGUCCAUUGCAAAAUAUGACCCAGAUUCAAGAAAA